GUUGUUGUUCUGCAUUCCCAUCAUCCAAGGUCAACUACCGUACUAUAAUGAAGAGUUUAAAAACGAGACAGCCAUAUUUUUCGAAAAUCAAGGCGAAUUAAGAAUUAUAGGUGCACAUUGGGAGCUAGUAACCUAUGUACCUUUAAUUAAUUAUGAUAAUAGAUAUGAUCAAUUAUCAACUGAAAUUACUAAUAUGACCCACCAUUGUAAAGAUAUGUUAUCAGAGUAUGAAGUAUGUUCAAGGUUUGCCCAUGUGGUGAAAACCAUGUUUAUGGAGAUAGCGUCACAGAGAGAACAAAUGUAUGAAUCUAUAGGUAGAUAUGUGAACACCGAUAGUAAAAUAUCAUCAGUUAUUAGAAGUAGGCGAGGGUUGAUAAACAUUGUGGGAAGUGCUAUGAAAACUUUAUUUGGGGUAUGUGAUGAUGAUUGUACAAAGGAGACCAAUAGUAAUAUUGAGAAAAUAGAAACUAGUAACGAGAAUAUGUUACAUAUUUUAAAAAGUCAGACUACUGUAGUGAAAUCGGUAGUGCAAGGAAUAGGAAGUACAUCCACUGAAAUGAAUAAUUUAUACCUUGAAUUAGGGAAAAAACAAGCUGAUAUAUACAAAAAAUUAAAUGAAGCCGCUAACCACACCCACACGAUUGAAACAAUGAUACUUAGCAAUAGAAUACAUAAUAUUUUUACGGCGUUAUUAACACAAUUUUCCUAUGAAACUACUACUAUCAGUGCAAUAAUAACAGCCGCUAGGACUGGAAUAUUACAUCCAAGCUUAGUGACCCCGCGAGAACUAGCGCGACAAUUAACUCAAAUAAAAUUAAAUUUACCUGUAAAUCUUAAUUUACCGAUGGGUAUCAAACCAAAUGAAAUUUAUGAACUAAGUAAAAUCACUAAGAUGGCAGUAUAUUACAGUGGAAGUCAAAUAGUUUUCUUGAUAAAGAUACCAUUAAUAACCGAAUUAGAAUUGACCUUAUUCAAAAUAAUUCCAAUACCUCAUAAAAUCGAUACAAACCAUAGCAUAAUAUUAAAGCCAGAAUUUCAAUACGUAGGCAUAACCAAAAAUCGUAGACAAUUCACAACCUUUACGGAAACUCAAUUAUUAAGUUGUACGGAGACAGAAAUAUUCAAUAUAUGUCCAGAAUUUCAACCCAUACAACAUGAAUCAGUAAGACAGCCAUGUGAAGUUUCAUUAUUCAAAAAUCCGGAAAUACUACCAAACAACUGCGAAGCAGGAAUAAUAGUAAUAACAAAGAAUAUUUAUCAUAAACUCAAAUAUGCAAACACUUGGAUUUAUACCACCAACAGUGAUACCUUAACUAUAACUUGUCAAGGGGAACGGGAACCACACAUAGUAAAAUUACAGAAUCAAGGGUUAAUUAAUUUGAAACCAGAAUGUAGAGCAUAUGCUAAUGACAUAGUUUUGAACCCCACGAGAGAAAUAAAAUCAAAAUAUUAU